UAUUACGUUGUUUAUCGACUCGUAUGAAGGAGAUGAAGAGUGUUCCGUAUGGUAUCCUUGACAAUGGCAAUGAAAGUGGAACGACCGUGCCUGUACUACCUAUAAAUAUACGGAUGACGUCAUGCGCUUGAAACUAGCAUGAAAUACGUGGUAGAACGGCAGGAUAGGACGGCAUGCUGUGCGCCUUCCUGGUGACGUAUACGAGUUCAGGAAAAACAAUGGGUUCAAUCAGUCCUCUGUCAGUAAUAGCGAACGCCAGUAACUCUUUCGGCAGCGACUUCUUUAAACGAUUAGUGCAGGAGAAAUCUGGCAAUAUAAUAUGUUCUCCAUUAAGCGUCAAUAUCGUAUUGGCUAUGUCGGCCUAUGGUGCCCGUGGAAACACUGCUCACCAGAUGAGGCAAACUUUGAGGCUUCCUGAGGAAGACGCUACAGGUCAAAGUGGCUAUGAUUCUCUUAUCACUACCUUGAAUGCUGUUAAGAAUGUGGAUUUACGAGUUGCUAAUAAAAUCUUUAUCGCUAAGGCGUUCGAGGUAAAGCGCGAAUACGCGGCUAUUACUAAAAACACUUUCCACUCGGAAUGCGAGAAAAUAGACGUUUCAAAUUCAGCAGCUGCUGCAGCUACUAUCAACUCAUGGUGUGCUAAUAAUACGAAUAAUCGUAUAAAAGAUCUGAUCAGUCCUGAUGCUAUCAACGAUUUGACUAGAUUGGUACUGGUGAAUGCUGUUUACUUCAAGGGCGACUGGAAAGUUAAAUUCGAUAAUAAGCUCACCAAGGACCAACCCUUCCAUAUCAAUUCAAAUACAGUUAAGCAAGUGCCGACUAUGACAAGCACUUCCGUGUAUUUGUACGGUCAGCUUGAUAAUCUUGAUGCCAGGUUCAUUGAACUUCCCUAUAAGGGCAAUGAGCUGAGUAUGGUUAUAAUCGUGCCUAACGAGAUUGAAGGACUUCAGCGCAUUGAAAACAAUAUUCAUGAGGUCGAUUUCAGUCGGUUACCACAGUUAGGUCGCAAGCAGCAAGUGAUCCUUUACCUGCCAAAGUUCAAAAUUGAGACAACCAUCGAUCUCAAUGAUUUACUGAAACAGAUGGGCAUGACUGAGAUGUUCACGGAUGCCGCCAAUUUCUCAGGCAUCUCCGAUAUCCCUGUUAAGGUGAGCAAGGUCGUCCAGAAAGCCUUCGUCGAGGUGAAUGAAGAAGGCAGCGAAGCUGCUGCAGCUACCCGCUGCAUCAGGAUACUGUGUUCAGGUGCAAGGUCGUCGCCAAGGCCGCUCAUACUCCAGGUAGACCGUCCAUUCUUGGCGAUGAUCAAACUGGGCGAUAUUGUACUAUUCACGGCCAGGAUCCAGAAACUCUGUUUGAAGAAGGUGAUAAAAAGAAAUGUUUGGCCGCCAUCAGGUACCACAGUGAGGGUCGAUCGUCCCUUCUACUAUGCGAUCAUUCAGCAUCAUCAAGAUUCAAAUAUCAAACAGACCCCUGACCUCUUCCACGCGCUUGAGAUUAGUAUAAAAUACGUGGCGGCUGGCAGAACGGCAAGAUACAACAACAGUAAAGAUUUCUCGUCACCCAAUAUCUUCACUCGUGGUGAUUCAGUAGGACUAUAUAUCAUCGGUCUGUCAGUGCUGUGCGUGUUCCUGGUGACGUAUACGCGUGCAGGAAAAAUUAUGGCUUCAAACAGUCCUCUGUCAGUAAUAGCGAACGCCAGUAACUCUUUCGGCAGCGACUUCUUUAAACGCUUGGUGCAGGAGAAAUCUGGCAAUAUAAUAUGUUCUCCAUUAAGCGUCAAUAUCGUAUUGGCUAUGUCGACCUAUGGUGCCCGUGGAAACACUGCUCACCAGAUGAGGCAAACUUUGAGGCUCCCUGAGGAAGACGCUACAGGUCAAAGUGGCUAUGAUUCUCUUAUCGCUACCUUGAAUGACGUUAAGAAUGUGAAUUUGCGAGUUGCAAAUAAAAUCUUUAUCGCUAAGGCGUUCGAGGUAAAGCGCGAAUACGCGGCUAUUACUAAAAACACUUUCCACUCGGAAUGCGAGAAAAUAGACGUUUCAAAUCCAACAGCUGCUGCAGCUACUAUCAACUCUUGGUGUGCAAAUAAUACGAAUGAUCGUAUAAAAGAUCUGCUCAGUUCCGAUGCUAUCGACGAUUCUACUGGCUUGGUACUGGUGAAUGCUGUUUACUUCAAGGGCGACUGGAAAGCUAAAUUCCAUAAUCAUCUCACCAGUGAUGAACCCUUCUAUAUCAAUUCAAAUACAGUUAAGCACGUGCCGACUAUGAGGAACACUGCGGACUAUUUUUACGGUUAUCUUGAUAAUCUUCAUGCCAGUUUCAUUGAACUUCCCUAUAAGGCCAAUGAACUCAGUAUGGUUAUAAUUGUGCCUAACGAGAUUGAAGGGCUUCAGCGCAUUGUGAACAAUAUUCAUGAGGUCGAUUUCAGUCUGUUACCACAAUUAGGUUACAAUCAGAAAGUGAUCCUUUACUUACCAAAGUUCAAAAUUGAAACAACCAUCGAACUCAAUGAUUUACUGCAAAAGAUGGGCAUGACUGAGAUGUUCACGGAUGCCGCCAAUUUCUCAGGCAUUUCCGAUAUCCCUCUUAAGGUGAGCAAGGUCGUCCAGAAAGCCUUCAUCGAAGUAAACGAAGAAGGCAGCAUAGCUGCUGCAGCUACCGCUAUGAUGCUUGCUGAUAGGGCAUCGGUGGAACCAAGUGAUAGCCAGAUUAUGAUUGAUGGUCCAUUUCACUAUGCGAUCAUUCAGCAUCAUCAGUAUUCAAGUACCGGACAAAUCCUAACCCUUUUCCGAGGAUACUUGCACAAUCCUGAAUCAUCUCUACGAAUCAACUAGACACUUGUACACCACUAGACGACAGGAAGCAAGAGAAGCUAUAAAAAGUUCAAUUAUUAAGAAACCUGCAGCAGCGCUCCAAAACUCACAUCACAAAAAAACCCUUCCGAAGUGAAGAUACAGCGAACCGGGGUCAUUGUGACCAGCGGUGGGUUCUGAUUGUUCCCGCUGGACCACGGUCUUCGGACGCAUUGUGCACUCUGCUGUAUUGUGGCCACAGCUCCUUCAUUCCCUAAAGUGAAUGGUUCAGCGAACGGAGAUCAUUGUGAUCAUCUGUGGGUCCUGAAUCCUCACUCUCCACACCUCAGCUACAUCACAGUCUUCGGACGCAUUGUGCACUCUGCUGUAUUGUGGCCACAGCUCGUUCCCUCCCUAAAGUGAAUGGUUCAGCGAACGGAGAUCAUUGUGUUCAUCUGUGGGUUCUGAAUCUUUACUGCUAUCACUGCCCGCUGUGUCGCAGUCUUCGGAUGCAUUGUGCACUCUGCUGUAUUGUGGUGAUAGCACUCUCAUCCCCCACCCCAAAGAUAAUUGACUCGGCGAACGGGGAUCAUCGUGAUCACCUGUAGGUCCCGAAACAUUAUCGUCCUAACCUGCAACUGGACCACGGUCUUCGGACGCAUU